AUGCGCUUCCCGUACCCACGGCUCUUCUACGGCUCCGAGGACCACACCCUGAGCCGCGUCGUGCUGCGCUUCGGCAUCGCCUUCUUCGUGCCCUUCAGCGUGCUCGUCAUGAAGCUGGUCCGGGAGAAGCGAGCCGGCACCAGGGAGAUGGUACGCCGCGCGGGGCUGGGUGACGUGGCCUACUAUAUGGGCCACAUGUUCGAGUCUGGCUUCAUCAUUUUCGGCGCCAUCCUGCUGAUGUACGUGCCGCUGUUCGUGUACCGCAACGCCAGUGGCACGGCCUUCCUCGAGCACGUCAACCCGUUGCUCUUCAUGCAAGUACUGUGCACGUGCGGAGCGCAGACUAUACUGCACGCCAUGGUGCUCGCCCAGUUUAUAUGGGAGCCCAGCGUGGCGUUCGCGGCGGCCGUCGUCUACUGGCUCGCGAUCUCCAUCAUCCCGUACGCGUGGCUUCAGAACCCGUUCGGGCUCGGAUACUACCUCACGCCGAGAGCGGAGAAGAUGGCCACCGCGCUCAGCCCUUGCAUGCUACUGCACUGGUGCCUGCGGGCCAUGGAACGCUUCGAGAAGUACGAGGUUCCUUUGUCGUGGCACAACAUCAACGACAACUACACCACGCUGGACAACGUGGGCGUGGGCUCUCUCAGUGGCGUUGGCAUAUUCGAGGUGAUCGUCAUGGCGGGCAUCGUCUUCUUCCUGGACAACGCGGCGCCCUGGGGAUACGGAGUCCCCAAGCCGCUGUACUUCUUCUUCUCUAUCGACUACUGGACUCCCCUUAAGAAGUGGAACAUUCGGAGCCCGGUGCCGCCCAAUAUCAACCCGGAGUACUUUGAACCGGCUCCCAAGAGCGUCGAUGCUGUUGUCAAUAUCAUCGACUUGUGCGCGGUGAGCUGCUCACGAUUAGUCCCGAUCUCAUCUCAAAAUUUCGAAACUCGUCCACGUGGAGUAACUCUCCUGCCAUUCGUGCGGGUAGAGUUAGUAACAGUACAGUACACAGUUUUCGAGGAUGAAAUCUUCACAGUUGGAGAAAAGUUCUCCUGGUUCGAGGAUGAAACCCGGGACCAACGCCUUUCCGGCGUAGUCGCUCCACCAUAG